ACGAGCGACCGCGCCAGCCGCGAAUCGGAUCUCUGUGGAGGUGGUAUAGGCGGUAUCCCUGAGCUGAGAGCAUCACCCUGUCCCUGAAUCCUUCUUUCCUCUGUUUUGUUUUUCAUUCCUCCCUCCUCCCUGUCCCCUCCAGUCCGCGACGACUGGCUCUUGACCCUGUUCAGGCCUCGGUGAAGGUGAGGACCAGAGCCGCCACGGCGGCUGAGUGGUGCGCUCUGAAAUGGCCGCUGCCUUGAGCUGUUUAAAAUGGCGGCCGCAGGCUCAGCCGGGGACCGCGGCGCUGCUCUGCAGCCUAGCCGCAGCGGAGACCGCGCUCUCCAUCACUGAUGGAGCUGGAGGAGAAGGAUAGUGUUGGGUGCUGAGUUGAGUUCAUGGGGUAGUUAGGUGAGGCGACGGCCCGGGGACGCGAGAGAAGAGUUGUGUAGGCGAGGGCGGCCGCCCACGGGGAGCGAGCCCCCGACGUGGCGGUCUGGGGGCAGCGCGCACCUGUGACCAGAGCUGCGGGAGAGCCGGCCCGGGCCGCACAUCGAGGGACCCGGUGAAAAAAGCAUUUCAGACCUGGAAGGGGUGUCCUUACCCACCUCCUGCCUAGCCUUGCUGACUGGACUGCACUCCCGCCCAGCCCUCCUGCCUUUGAGGGUAUUGUUCAAAGUUGGAACCACCCGAGGGUGGGGGUGGAUGGGUUGUGUCCCCUGUCACUUUAACUGGAGGCAGAGGCAAGAUGAGGGUGCCCCCCACCAGCCCUUUUCGGGGAGUGGAAAAGAAACUUUACUCUAAAGGGAGUCCAGACUCUUUGUCCUCGAGAGAUGCGAGGAAGCACCUCUAAGAGAGAUGGGGAUGAGGCCCUCCUUCCUGGAAACAAAGCUUCCUUCUCUGUUGUGUCCUUCUCUGGCAGCAAGGGAGACGGAUCCUGAUCUCUUAGGUCAACCAGCAGCUCCAGGAAGUUCUCUGGCUAAAUCCAAAUCGGGAUUGUGGAAGGAGAAUCUGCUGCUCUUUUGCUCCCAAUAAUGGAGAAGUAGGACUGUCUGCUGAUGCCAGUUGUAACCCAUUGUAAUCCAUUUCUUUCUGCACCGCCCAGCUCCUCAUACCAGAUUUUUUAGGGCUUGGGAAAUUAAAAGAGUGUUCAGGAACACACAAGUAAUGGCUAGGCACAUGGGCUCUGCAGUCGAACUUUUUGGGUUCUGUUGUUAGUUCUUCCCUUACAAGAUGUCACUUAGCAGGUGACUUAACCUCAUUGUCUUUCUGUUCAUCUCUCAAGUGGGGUUAUUAAUAGUCCCGGACUCUCAGGUUUGUUUUGAGGAUUAAAUGAGAUAAUCUAUAAGGGAUUUAACAGUUAUUGGCACAUAGUAAACAAUGAUCACUCAAUAAAACAUUAGUAACCUUAGGAGAUUGGUUAUUGAGGGGACAAAAAUGGUUAUAGCAAAAAGACAUGUUUUAUGUAACAUUUCCAUGUGUGAUUCCAUUUUAGAUUACUUUCAAUGCUUAGUUUUAGAGACAUUAAGAUGUGGCUGUACUUUUAAAAGUUAGGUUUAGCUAACACACAGAACAGUUUGGUGGUCACCUGAGGGAAAGGAGUUGGGGGGUGGGCACAAGGGGUGAAUGGGUGCAUCUAUAUGGUGACUGACAAAUAAUAAUCUACAAUUGAAAUCUCACAUUGUUAUAAAACUAUUAUGACAUCGAUAAAAAAAUUUAAGAGGUUUAGCUUUUGCAAGUUUUUAAUGUAUUUCUAUGAAGUCAGUGGGCAAGAGAGCAUCUCACAACAAUGAAAUUACCAGUGUAUUAAACAAGAUGAGAUUUUAGCAUUUUUACUAUGCUAGGUAUCUUCUGUUUCAGUCCAAGAUCUGCACUGCAGUGGAGAAUCAUUUGCACUGCCUGGAUCUAAAAUAAAUUGUAAUGAAAGGUCACCUUAGAGGUUUGUAGUUCUGCUUUUGCAGCGUCUAAUUCUAAUUUUUCUCAUUCUAGGCCUUUGGUUACUCCCCUUCCACCCCAUCCCUUAAUUUUAUUCUUUUGAAGAGUCUGCGUUUCAAGCUGUCAAGGUGGAGAAUGUGAUUGCAGAAGGGAGUACUCAUCGUUUCAGAAAAGGUGUGCCAUACCUGAGAGCACCAGGAAGUCGCGUGAGAGAUCACCUGAUAGACGAACGUGUGAUGUUCCAUCUGCGCAUUGAUGCAUAGGCAGCAUUUACAAAUUAACUGAUGUGUUGCUAUAUAUCAUCUCUUUGAUGAUUGCUCAUCUUCUAUGUAUCCUGUCUUAUAAUUUCAACACAUUUGUGAUACUCAAUGUUUAUUCUAAAUUAACCAUGUUUUGUACCACAAAUACAUUGCCUAUGGAUCUGUUGCUGAAACAAGGAAGUCUUAAACAAGAAGUAGAAUCUUUUUGUUAUCAAAUUGUGUCUGAAUCGAAUGAUCAAAAGGUUGGAAUAUUACAAAGUGAAGAUGAACAAUUGCAGCCUUCAGUUUCUAAAAAAUCACAAGGUGAGCUUUCCAGGGUCAAAUUUAUGUCCAGUUCCAACAAAAUAACCUUUAGUAAGAAACCAAAAAGAAGAAAAUAUGAUGAAAGUUAUUUGUCUUUUGGAUUUACUUACUUUGGAAAUAGAGAUGCACCUCAUGCUCAGUGUGUGUUAUGUAAGAAAAUUUUAUCAAAUAGCUCUUUGGCCCCUAGUAAGCUUCGAAGACAUUUGGAAACUAAACAUGCUGCAUAUAAAGACAAAGACAUCAGCUUUUUCAAGCAACAUCUUGAUUCACCUGAAAAUAAUAAACCCCCAACACCUAAAAUUGUCAAUACAGAUAAUGAAAGUGCUACAGAGGCAUCAUACAAUGUAAGUUAUCAUAUAGCCCUGAGUGGAGAGGCUCAUACUAUUGGAGAAUUGCUUAUCAAGCCUUGUGCGAAAGAUGUCGUGAUGCGCAUGUUUGAUGAACAAUAUAGUAAAAAAAUAGAUGCAGUUCAACUAUCUAACAGUACCGUUGCACGUCGAAUUAAGGAUCUAGCUGCUGACAUUGAAGAAGAGCUUGUUUGUAGACUGAAAAUUUGUGAUGGUUUUUCACUGCAACUAGAUGAAUCAGCUGAUGUUUCAGGACUUGCUGUGCUGCUUGUGUUUGUUCGUUAUAGGUUUAAUAAGUCUAUUGAGGAAGACCUACUCUUAUGUGAAUCUUUGCAAAGUAAUGCUACUGGGGAAGAGAUUUUCAACUGCAUCAACAGUUUUAUGCAGAAACAUGAAAUUGAAUGGGAAAAAUGUGUUGAUGUUUGUACUGAUGCUUCUAGGGCAGUGGAUGGGAAAAUUGCUGAGGCUGUCACCUUGAUAAAAUAUGUGGCUCCUGAAAGCACCAGUAGUCACUGCCUAUUAUAUAGACAUGCACUAGCAGUUAAAAUAAUGCCUACAUCUCUGAAAAAUGUGCUAGAUCAGGCAGUACAGAUCAUCAAUUAUAUUAAAGCUCGACCACAUCAAUCCAGACUACUAAAAAUUUUAUGUGAAGAAAUGGGUGCCCAGCACACAGCACUUCUUCUAAAUACAGAGGUGAGGUGGCUUUCUCGAGGUAAAGUUCUUGUAAGACUUUUUGAGCUUCGUCGUGAACUAUUGGUUUUCAUGGAUUCUGCUUUUCGACUAUCUGAUUGUUUAACAAAUUCAUCUUGGCUGCUAAGACUUGCAUAUCUUGCAGAUAUUUUUACUAAAUUAAAUGAGGUUAAUCUGUCAAUGCAAGGGAAAAAUGUGACAGUUUUUACAGUAUUUGAUAAAAUGUCAUCAUUGUUAAGAAAAUUGGAAUUUUGGGCUUCAUCUGUAGAAGAAGAAAACUUUGAUUGUUUUCCUACGCUCAGUGACUUUUUGACUGAAAUUAAUUCUACAGUUGAUAAAGAUAUUUGCAGUGCCAUUGUGCAGCACCUAAGGGGUUUGCGCUCUACUCUGUUAAAAUAUUUUCCUGUAACAAAUGACAAUAAUGCUUGGGUUAGAAAUCCAUUUACGGUAACUGUUAAGCCAGCGUCAUUAGUAGCACGGGACUAUGAGAGCCUGAUUGAUUUAACGUCUGAUUCUCAGGUGAAACAAAAUUUCAGUGAACUUUCACUAAAUGAUUUUUGGAGUAGCCUAAUUCAAGAGUACCCAAGCAUUGCAAGGCGUGCAGUUCGUGUACUUCUUCCUUUUGCUACAAUGCACCUGUGUGAAACAGGAUUUUCAUAUUAUGCUGCAACAAAAACGAAAUAUAGGAAAAGACUUGAUGCUGCACCUCAUAUGCGGAUCCGACUUAGCAACAUUACACCUAAUAUUAAGCGGAUAUGUGAUAAAAAGACACAAAAACACUGUUCUCAUUGAAAUUGGAGGGUUUUGCAUGUCUCUUAAUAACCAAAUAUAAGAGGAAAAUAAAAGGUGAUUUACUUCA